CCGAACACCUGCAUCGCGCAUUGCAGCGUGUCAGUGCAACGUGUGGUGACAAGGCAACAAUAUAUGACUAAAAUGAAUUUCUACUCGGCCGCACUUGUCUUCCUUUCCUCUCAGACCAUUACAACUUCAAGACAGCCUCUAUAAUACUAGAUAAUGAGCCGCUCUCAACUGAAAAUCCUCUCCCAAUUGGCUUCGUCGCCUAACGAUGUGGCGUCAGGUCUUGCGCAAUGCAUGGAGGCCUUACGUCUCGUUUCCUCCCUGCCAAGAUCAUCGCCUAUCAUGGUCGAGUAUUCGGGUAUGAAGGGUUCCAUAAUCAAGGCGUUCGGAAGGGAGCAUCUCUCACGUGUGCCGUUCAGGACUGUAUAUGGGCUUGUCAAAGCCUCCAUGGAGCUCCCUGACGACUCGCGUAUCAUGUAUGCUGCAUUCUAUCGCGAAGAUGGGACAGUUGAUCCCGCAAAGGUACUCAUUGAUGAAGACUCAUGGAAAGAGCUUGUACCAUAUGUGCAUACAUUGCAUAUCGAGGACGAUCGUCAAGCGAAUUCGGUAUUCACCGUACAAGCCUUGUCAUCACCAACUGCACAGAGCGCAAGGUCUUCUCCCUCCCCAAGUCCAGCGAUGGCUUCCCCAACACGGAGUUUGAAUAGCAACGCAAACACUUUCAUCCCCAGCAAAAAUACAGUGACAUUCAAAUCGCAGGAUGGAACAAAGCUUAACCUACAAGCUCUCAGAAAGGGGAUGAUCUCCCCAGCAUAACCAUUGUGGUUAUCGAUGAGUCUAGCAGACACGUAAUGUUACAAUAUUAGGUUGUGUGUACGUGACAAAAACUUGCAGAAUAGUGUAUGGCACGAUCCCUGUGGGAUCAAGAAUAAGAUGAGACAUCUAGUGUUUGUGAGAAAAGGUUUAUACACUCUAGCGAAAGGAUGAGAAAAUCACUGAGU